UUCAUGAAGCAAUUGGAAGAAAGAAGGAGUAGUCAGCCACAAUUCAACUUGCUAACUCCCAUAGAGUCAAUCUUUAAAGAUGGUGCUCAACUAAGAACAGUGCAAGAAGCACCACAACAGAAUAUUGCUUCGGUUGAUUGUGGACCUGUUGUUUGUUAUGUCAUCAAAAAGAUUGCAGAGCUUGAAGAAAUACCACAAAAGAUUGAAAAAGAAGAUGUUUCAGCUUUUAGAGUGCAUUUGGUCCACAAGAUUUUACAUGAUGAGCCAAGAUCAUGGACGAAAGAAACGUGGCAAGACAAAAAACUAGCUCACGAUUUUACUUCUGAUCAGUAGAGAAAUCUGGAUUCAGCACUGGUUUAGGAGCAAAUUCUCCUCUUUUGUUUA